UUGAUCAUCCCAGCAGUUAUCACGAAAACUGGGACGGGGAACGGCGGUGUGUCCAGGCAGGGACCCAGCAGCGGCGUUACGAGCCGGUCAGUCGUUUCAAUUCUGUAGCUAUGAUGUUAAGGAAUGUAGAUGUCAAUGUGGAUCGGAGCAGUUCGGCAUACAGAUGUUAGCAGCUGCGGAGGAAGGAGCCGUUAAUCCGGUGUAACAGUCUGGCGGUGGGGGCAUCAUUGCUUGUUUCCAUGUACCGAGUCUAACCGAGUCUGCGGCCGGACGGGGAGCAACAUGACGGAGAAACCGACUGUCCGCCAGCAGAGCUCGGAGAACAACUCUGUCAGCAGCAGCGAGUGGGACAUGGCGAACGAUGUGUUCGUGUCCGGCUACGACGACAAUCCGCUGGCCGACGAUGCUGCUGGCGGGGACCCGGACCCUGCGCAGCCCGGCUUGGACAGACACCUGCCGCUGUUACCCCAGGAUGGCAUGAUGCUGGGCCUGGCGGGGGAACAGUAUUCGGUCUCGUCCUAUCUGGACGUGGACCCAAACUACACUGAAAGUGACGGGAACGUCACGACCAAGAAGCGCGUACGGUCCAACAGCUCCAGGCACCGCGGUGACAUUGUCACGGAGCUGGGACCCGAGGAGGUCCGCUGGUUCUACAAAGAGGACAAGCGGACGUGGAAGCCAUUCGUCGGACACGACUCUUUAAAAAUCGAGAUCGUCUAUCGGAGAUUCUGCGAGCAGAACCCCGACAAGGUCAAACGCCCCGUCCCUCCCGCCGAGGCCGAGGGGAAGGAGGCCGCCGGGUCCGGCGAGACCCAGCCGGAAAGCGGGGCCGUGGACAGUGGAAGUGCCCGGGCGGAGACGUGGGCGCACGCCGGCGGCGGAGGGCAGCGGCGCUCGGUGUCCGAGGACACGAAGGACCCGCACGACGUCGGCAUCAGCGUGGAGGCAGUGUGUGUCAGAGGGGGGCUCUACGAAGUGGACAUCAGAGAGAAGGAAUGCUACCCCGUUUACUGGAACCAACAAGACCGUAUUCCUGUGAUGAGGGGUCAGUGGUUCAUUGAUGGAACGUGGCUUCCCCUGGAAGAGGACGAGAGCGACCUCAUCGAGCUGGAGCACCUCGGCCGUUUCCGGGGACAACAGAUGAGGGACACCUACGAGAUGGAGGCAGUGACCACCACAGUGGACAGCAAGGACGCCAUCCACAGUCUGAAGCUGAGCAGGAGUCAUGUGGACUGGCACAGUGUGGACGAGGUGUACCUGUACAGCGACGCCACCACCUCCAAGAUCGCACGCACCGUCACUCAGAAACUGGGCUUCUCUAAAGCCUCAAGCAGUGGCACGCGUCUCCAUCGGGGGUAUGUGGAGGAGGCAGCACCUGAGGACACCCCACCUGAAACCACACACAUUGUCUUUGUGGUGCAUGGCAUUGGCCAGAAGAUGGACCAAGGCCGCAUCAUCAGGAACACCAGCAUGAUGAGAGAUGCUGCCAGGAAGAUGGAGGAGAAGCACUUCUCUGAUCGCACUACAGAGCAUGUAGAGUUCCUUCCUGUGGAGUGGAGGUCUAAACUGGCUCUGGAUGGAGACACCGUGGACUCCAUCACUCCAGACAAAGUGCGAGGUCUCAGGGACAUGCUGAACAGCAGCGCCAUGGACAUCAUGUACUACACCAGCCCUCUGUACAGAGACGAGAUUACCAGGGGUUUGACUCUGGAACUGAAUCGUCUGUACUCACUCUUCUGCUCGCGGAAUCCAGACUUUGAGAUAAAUGGGAAAGUGUCUAUAGUGUCACACUCACUGGGCUGCGUCAUCACCUUCGACAUCAUGACAGGCUGGAACCCCGUCCGCUUUCAUCAUCAAGAAGCGCCAGACCCAGAGGAGACAAAGGUCCGAUGGCCGAGUGACGAGGAGCGCCACCUUCAGGAGCAGCUGAGACUCACACGCCUUAGGUUGAGGGACUUGGAGGAUCAGUUCCAGGGUCUGCAGACCUCGUCUUGUGCUGCAGUACCAGCCUUGAAAUUCAAGGUCGAAAAUUUCUUCUGCAUGGGCUCUCCUCUGGCUGUUUUCUUGGCGUUGCGAGGGAUCCGACCUGGGAACAACGGUGUGCAGGACAGUAUCCUCCCCACAUCUAUCUGCAAACGCCUCUUCAACAUAUUCCAUCCCACAGACCCUGUGGCGUACAGAUUGGAGCCUCUUAUCUUAAAACACUACAGUAACAUUGCACCUGUUCAAAUCCACUGGUACAACACCAACAGCCCGACACCGUACGAUCAGAUCCGGCCCACACUGCUCAACCCCCCGAAGGAGACUGCAUCGGUCUCAGACUCAGAGAGCAUCCCCAGCCCCUGCACCUCCCCACCCCAGAACCGACGCCACUACGGAGAGUCAAUUACCAGCCUGGGCAAGGCAAGCAUCAUGGGUGCUGCGAGUCUUGGGAAGGGAAUAGGAGGAAUCCUGUUUUCUCGCUUUUCCCGUUCCAGCAGCCAGGUGGGUGGAGUGGAGGAGGAACCGUCAGAUUGCGAGGGUGGAACCUCUGAAAUGGAAAACGUGGCGUCAGGAGAGGAAGGAGUGAUGGUGGCAGACAGCGAAGAGAAGGACAAACAAAUAGAGGAGGAGAGGAGGGAUGCGGAGCCUGCCAUGUCCCAGUCCACCUCAGCAGUCAUGGACAGCACCUCGUUGGAAUUGGAGCGACGCAUCGACUUUGAGCUGCGGGAGGGCUUGGUGGAGAGCCGCUACUGGUCGGCGGUGACCUCACACACGGCCUAUUGGUGCUCUUAUGAUGUGGCUCUUUUCCUCCUCACCUUCAUGUACAGACCACAAGACCCACCUGAACUUGCAGAAGACAACCCAGACACCUCGUAACACAAGUGCAUACUGACACGUGGAACCUUCCCAGCUGGGGUCAAUUCACUUUCUAUACACGCCUUCCGAAAUAUACAUUGAUCAGCCACAACAUUAAAAACAGUUACCGGUUGA